CUUCCGCUUCCGGCAUUGGAGGCUGUAGCCUCGCUCUGGUCCCUGCGGCUGGCGGCCGAGCCGUGUGUCUCCUCCUCCGCCGCCGCCAUAUUGUCUGUGUGAGGAGAGGGGAGCGCGGCUACUGCCGCUGCCGCUUCCACCGCAGGUACCUAGGGAGCCGCGGGCCGAGGUCAUCGGGGCGCGCGGUUGGAAGAAAAUAGGUCUGAAACAAGGUCUUACCUACAUCUGCCUCUGAACACAGUGACUGCCAGAUCUUCAAACAUCAAGUUCAGCUUUGUCUGCCAACCUGUCUGACAUGUCGGGACCCGUGCCAAGCAGGGCCAGAGUUUACACAGAUGUUAACACGCACAGACCUCGAGAAUACUGGGAUUAUGAGUCACAUGUGGUGGAAUGGGGAAAUCAAGAUGACUACCAGCUUGUUCGAAAAUUAGGCAGGGGCAAAUACAGUGAAGUGUUUGAAGCCAUCAACAUCACAAAUAAUGAAAAAGUUGUUGUUAAAAUUCUCAAGCCAGUAAAAAAGAAGAAAAUUAAGCGUGAAAUAAAGAUUUUGGAGAAUUUGAGAGGUGGUCCCAACAUCAUCACACUUGCAGACAUUGUAAAAGACCCUGUGUCACGAACCCCUGCCUUGGUUUUUGAACAUGUAAACAACACAGACUUCAAGCAAUUGUACCAGACGUUAACAGACUAUGACAUUCGAUUUUACAUGUAUGAAAUUCUAAAAGCAUUGGAUUAUUGUCACAGCAUGGGGAUUAUGCACAGAGAUGUGAAACCCCAUAAUGUCAUGAUUGAUCAUGAGCACAGAAAGCUAAGGCUAAUAGACUGGGGCUUAGCUGAAUUUUACCAUCCUGGCCAAGAAUAUAAUGUUCGAGUUGCUUCCCGAUACUUCAAAGGCCCAGAGCUACUUGUAGAUUAUCAGAUGUAUGAUUAUAGUUUGGAUAUGUGGAGCUUGGGUUGUAUGCUGGCAAGUAUGAUCUUCCGGAAGGAGCCAUUUUUCCAUGGACAUGACAAUUAUGAUCAGUUGGUGAGGAUAGCCAAGGUUCUGGGAACAGAAGAUUUAUAUGACUAUAUUGACAAGUACAACAUUGAAUUAGAUCCACGUUUCAACGAUAUCUUGGGCAGACACUCUCGUAAGCGAUGGGAACGCUUUGUCCACAGUGAAAAUCAACACCUUGUUAGCCCAGAGGCCUUGGAUUUUCUGGACAAGCUCCUGCGAUAUGACCACCAGUCACGGCUCACUGCAAGAGAGGCUAUGGAGCAUCCUUACUUCUACACUGUUGUGAAAGACCAGGCUCGAAUGAGUUCAUCCAGCAUGCCAGGGGGCAGUACACCUGUCAGCAGCGCCAAUAUGAUGUCAGGGAUUUCUUCAGUGCCAACCCCUUCACCCCUUGGACCUCUGGCAGGCUCACCAGUGAUUGCUGCUGCCAACCCCUUGGGAUGCCUGUUCCAGCUGCCGCUGGCGCUCAGCAGUAAUGAUCCCCAUCUAUCUCCUGAUGCCUAAGCAGAGUUGGGGAAGUCCACCCUCUCCUUGAUGCAGCUUGCGCCUGGUUGGGAGGGGUGAGAAAACUUCAGAAGCACCGUGUCUGAACCGUUGCUUGUGGAUUUAGUAGUUGAGUCAUAAAAAAUUAUAAUAGGCUGAUUUCUUCCUUUUUUUUUGUUUUGUUUUGUUUUUGUUUUUUAAACUUGGACUUUUCAUAACUCAGGGUAUUCCCUGAAAAAUUACCUGCAGAUGGAAUAUUUCAUGGACAACUUUUUUCUCCCUUUCCAAAUUCAGUUCAUCACCACUAAAGAAAAAGAUAAACUGGCUUCAAUCCCAGCUACUGUGUUUGGGUGGAGAUUUCUUCCCCUUCCCACAAUGCUCUCCCCACAUUACUACACUCUUGGGGCGCAGAUCUCAUGCUCUUCCCCAGAGAUUAGAAAGUGUAGCUUAUCAAGGGAGGUGGGAAGGAAAUAGUUAGGGAGGACCCAGUCUAUCCUGAACAUUGUUCUGCUGCUGGUCACUUCAUCACCUUUCUUCAGGACUGCGUCCAUGGGUUAGUCCAGCUCUGGUGGAGGUGGAUCUGUCUUCGUUACAUCAAGAUGUUAAAAGUCUACCCGACUUGCAGACAGAUCCUAAAGCUUCUUUUCUGAUUGAAUCAUGUCUUGCUGACCUAACCCUAAAUCGUUUUGAUUUUAGUUGAGUUUAGAUCUGUGAUGCUUUCUCUCCUGGGCUCCUGCUUCGGUCGCUCCCUUUUCAUCUCACAUGCUGUGCUUCAUAGCUGGUAGGAGAGGGAAGGCAAACUCUUUUUCAGUUUUCUUUGACUUGGCCAUUUUGAAGUCAGUUAGUUAUGGGGCAUAAUUUAUUGCUUUUUAAAAAAGAAAUACUGUCCAUGAAGUUUCAUGCUAGUACUCUUAAGAGCUAACGGGUGAUGUGGCCACACUGGGUUCAUUUUAAGCUUUGUACUUUUCUCUCCUCCUACCUUCCCCUUCACAUGCCAUCUAGUGAGGAGACCUUGCUCUCAGAGUUGUAAUUGUAUCUGAGAGGCAGGAGCAGAGCCACCAUCUCCAGUGAACCAGAAAUGGUAGACCUGUAAUUGUGGGAAACUAUCAGUUCUCUUGUUAUGGCCCUGCCACCCCUCGCUGUGUGUAUAUAUAUAAAACUUUGUCCUUCAUAUGUGAAAGAUCCAGUGUUGGAAUUCUAUGGUGUAAAUAAACGUUUGGUUUUAUUUAUCAAGGGUAGAUUUAAGUUCCCUGUGUAAAGGUCUCGCUGGGUGGGUGUCUCACAUUUAAACCUGAGGGGACUACAGCCCAUACCAUGGAGGCUUCCCGAGGCCCUCAUUUUUAUGCACCCCUCGUUCGACCCAUGGUACUGGGCAGGGCAGAGGCCUUAAAAAAAGCACCACAAGCCAAAGCGUCUCUGGGGAUUAAGGAUCCUUUGCCAUAAAACUCAUUCUGUGUCUCAGCAUUGCAGGGAUUGGGGAUAGGACAAGUCGCCAGUUUGUGUGUUUGUGUGUGUGUAAAGUGGACUUUCCACUGUAAUCCAGCCACCUAAGUUUAUCAGGUGCUUCACUGAGGAAGCCUAGUUUUUUAAGCACAAUAGCAAAUCAUCAGCUCUGUAUUUUCUCCUGUUGUUUCAUUACAGUAGCUGCCUAUGGGGACUAGGAAAAAAAUCUUCCAACAUAUUUUAAGGCCUAAAAUCUUAGUUCCCCAUUCUCCUACCUUUAUAGACUCAUAAGCCUUUCUCACCUGGCAUCAUAGACAAAACAUAAUUGUUUGGGGAGUUGAAUUUAAUUAACUUACCUAACUUUGUAAUCCAUCUUGGCUUUAGUAACUUUAUCAAGGUGGUGGCUUUAGCAAAUGUAAUGACAAAAGUAGAGGAUGCUAAUGCCUUUCUUAACCUUUCUCAACCAUAGGGAGAGCUAAAAAGAAAACUUUCUGACUGCAGAGUGAUUUUUCUUCUUUUUGGCCACUUGCAGUGACUAUUUAUUGUACUUGAUUCUUGUAUACCCUAGCGUGCUGUGAGGGUUACCAUGUUGGAUUUGUGCGGAGCUGAAAGCACCAGGUGUGCUAGAGAUGCGGUUUGUGAUUAUGUUUGCACUGGAUCGUGAUUUGAACAAGACAUUUAGACUGAAUUCUUUCUUUUGAGGUGGAGAGGAAGGUUGUAAUCAGGACUCCACACCCUACUCACAGCUCAGAAAUGUAGAUGUGUUUGAGGCUGCUGUGGAUAGCUGCAGACGGCUGGGCCUCCUCACUCAUCACACCUAGUACAAGAGCUGAUGGUGAAUGCAGAGGACUCUGGAGUGCCACCUAAGAGCCUUGUAAAAUAAAUAGAAAUGGAAAAGAAGCAAGGAGUCACGCAGAAAUGUGGAGGGUUUUAAAAGACCUGAGUGGGUGGUGGGUAGGGAGGGUCAGGGUUUACAGAGUAACAACUUCUGUGUUGUAAAUUACCUCAUCUGUACACCUUGUAUUGGGACACUAUUUCUCAGCACUUCCUGUGUCUGCAUUGCUUAGAUGGUGGGAAAUGAAUGCCAAUAUAAAACAACUGUGUUGGCAAAAUAUUUUUUACUUUGUUUUGAAGUGUGCCCUUCCCCUCUUUUAAGUUUAAAGUCAGAAUUCCCUUCUUUGGUUUAUUGGUUGUAAUUGUAUUGUAAUUGGUAUGACUAAGACAUAACUGUGCUGGGAAGAAGUUGUGCCAUGAAGGUCUUUAAUUUUUUUUUAAUAAAAACAUUUAAAUAAAUGAAAUGUCCCUGUAGCCUGAGCAAUAUGCUUCUCCAACCGACACCGUGUGUAAUAAAGGAUGACUUAGUUUUCGUGUGAUUUGAACUUAAUACUGGGUUGAUGAAGAUGUUAGGUGGGAGAAAUUGGUAUUGGUGGUAAGACUCUAAAGUCUGAGAGUUUUGACAUUGAAGAGCUGUGGAAGGGAACACGGUGAUUCUAUUUCCUUUACGUCUCUGUCAAACACAUUGUUACUAGGUAUAUCACAUAUCAUCUGUUAGAUGGGGCCGCUGUUGUUGGCAAUGUGGUGAAAAUGUAUUUAUGUCAGGUGUUUGGCACUGACCUAAUUCCUCUGGUUAGUCCUUGGUGUUUGCUGUGUCAGCAGUUCACAGUACAGUUUGGAAGAGGCCCUUCCCUCUUCAGGACCUAUAUACUCUAUGUGUUUUAAGGAAGGAGAAACUAAAUUUGAAUUGUCUGAGGACUUGCUUGCCUCUAAUAACUGAUUUUUUUUUUAAAGAACUUCUGAGUGGUACUUAAUUUUAAAAGGCCUGUGGAAAGAGCUUGUUUUGGGGGGGGGGGUGAGGGGUGCAGAUGUUGGUUAAGUGUGUUAUGAUCCCUGUGGACAGUCAGCCUUGAAGAUAGCCUAACUAUGGAGGCUGUUUUGCAGUUUUAGAGACCUGGGCUGGUGAGCUGUGGAACAGGUAACUGUCAGCCAGUUGAAAAAAGUCCUCACAGACAGAGCAGACCCCAUUUGCUUCUCACUUAACUGUAGUUGUAAGAGCUGGAGGAUGCUGGUAUCCUGGAUUUCUCUUUUGUCUUAGAUCCUCACCGCAUAGGAUUUUAUAGCUACAACUUUGAUUAUUAGAUAUUGAGGAGCUAGGUUGAGAUGCAAGAAACUGUCAUGUAAUACAAUUAGAGUUGAUCAUUUGAGCAGAUCCUGAAAGAUGUAGUUUUGUUCUCAUUCUCCACAAAUCUCACCAGCAGGUUCGAGUGGGUCUUGUAUUCACAGGUCCUUGCCUGUCUUCCUGCUGUUUUUCUUCUUAGUGGUAUAGUUUUAAGGAAUGUCCCUGGUUGUGGGUGAUGUGUACCAAAGAGGCUGGCUAACUUCUAGGACCAUUUCUCUCCUUUUUUGUUUUUUCAAGACAGGGUUUCUCUGUGUAAUAGUCCUGGGUGUCUCCUAAGUUGUGAAUAAAGGUGUGCAUCAUAGCGUCCACCCUAGAACUAUUUCUUGGUUGAGAAAGAAGUUAAAUUAACCAGAAGUCUUUGGGGUGACCCUUCCUUCCUGAGAAAUUGGGUCUGAAAACUUGGAUCCUCAUGUCCCACCCAUGUGGUAUUUCCUCUCCUUGCUUCUUUGGCCACUUGAACCUUCUUUGUAUUGUUGAUAUAAUUGUCCUUUCUACUUGCAAGUUAGCUCCCUGGUGACCUUAUUUGUCUUACUAAAACCCUUUUUCUAAAAUGUAGGCUAGUAUCUCCCAGGAUUGAAGAGGGCUGAAUGGAAUAAAUAACAUAGUGCUUCCUAAAUGGCUGGUUCCUCACUUCCACUACCAUCCUCUGCCCUCCACACAUGCAAAUGAUGGAAAUGCCAUGACAAGGUGCAUCUCAGAACCUUGUCCUUGGGUCUCUAGCUGUAAUUAUAAGCCGUCGGCCAGAUUCAAUCAGUAGGACAAGAAAAUAGCUAUGGCCCUAGUCAGUGAACGAGACGAAGCAAUAAUUCCAACCAGUGUGGAAGAUUUGAACACAGAAAUUUGGUUUUGAUUUUUUUUUUUUUUUUAAGGCAGGCCCUCUAGUUCCCAAAGCCUAGCACUGCACUUUGCUGUUCUUCCCACUCUUUCUUUUUACAUUCUGUCACUCUGGCCAGAGUAGGGUUCUUGUUGACCACCUUGAAGUGGCCCUGCCCUGGACCCUCCAGGCUCUUCCAGAAUGGCUAGUCCAUUCCUUAGAGGAGUGGCUACAGGGAUUGAGGAUUUCUCAGUCAACAGCAUUUGUGCCUUACUCACUUUGACAAAGAAGGGGAGAAGGGAACAAUAGUAGCUUCCUUAAGCCACUCUGUGAUUCUCAGCCAUAUAUAAAAUACUUGUACCAGAAACCUGGAAAGUUGGGUGUUAAACUUCUUGUUGAAAAGGCCUAACCCUCUUACAGUGACUCAUGUAGUCAGUCCAGGCUGGCCUGGAACUCAAUAGGUAGCUGAGGUGACCUUGAACUCAUGAUCUUGCUUCUACCUCCCAGGUGCUUUAGGCAGACUUUUCUGUCCCACCCAUCAGUUCCCAAUAACUGACAUGGAGACUUUAUAUUAAUUAUAAAUUUUUAGCCAAUAACUCAGGCUUGUUAUUAGCUAACCCAUAAAUUUUAAAUUAAUGCAUUUAUAUUAAUCUACGUUCUGCCACAUGGUGGCAUCUUGAACCUCUUGUUUCCUCUCGAUGUUUAGCUGGCAGCUCUUGACUCUGCCCUUCUUUUUCCCAGUGUCCUUAAUCUGGUUCACCCACCUAAUUUUAUCCUCUCCAGCUUUUGAUCAGUCAGCUUCUUUAUUAAGCCAAUCACAGCAACAUACAUUCACACAGUGGUGGUAUUCAUCUCCUCCUCCUUCACAUCCCAUUCUGUAUAUUCAUAUCCAUUCCUUUGCUUGCUCCCCAGCGGAGGUUCAUCCUUCUCUCCUACUUUGACUAUCUUCCCAAAGUGUAUAUAUUUUUAACCAUUUAUUUUUAUUUUAUUUUGAGAUAAGACCUCACACUAUAGCCUAGGUUGGCCUGGAACUUAAUAUGUAGCUUAGACCUUGAACUUGCCUUUAAUCUUUUAUCAACAAAUGUGUUGAUGUUCAUGAGCCUUGGCCUAUGUGAAAUAAUUUGAAGCAAGAAGUAGAUACAAUCUAAUGUGUAGAAAUAUCAAAUAGGAAAAUGAGAAUCAAGGUCAUUUAUAUGGAAUAAUUCCAACUGGUCUGUUUUUUAAUUUCCUAGAUUGGAGAUUUUAGCUUUGUAUUGAAACCUAGGAUGUGUAAGGCUCUGGACUCUCUAGCACUGCAAUAAAAUAAUAAAUUGAUUAAUUAUGUAUGGGAAUUAAGGAUUUCAUGUCAACAUGGUAAAAAGAACUAAUUUGUAUAGGUUAUUACUACUCCAGAUGCAUAUAAACACCUCAGUUUACUUGAAAAUAGAAGGCCAGAUUAAAUAAAGGGAAAUUCCCACUUCUCAAAGGAAGUUACGAUUUACACUGAGGAACAAAUGCAUACUGAAAACUAGCUAGAAAUGAGCCUCAGAGGAUAGGGGCUAGUGUUGGCAGAGAGCGCGCGCGCCUUUCGAGGUAGAAGCUGAAACCAGUCCCGUGAUACUUGUCGAGGCUACCUCUCGGGGAACAUCUGGAAGAAAACAAAAUCUUAGCUAUAAUUACCUCUGGAAAAUGAGGUUACAGUAGCAUGGGAAACCUUACUAGGAAAAAGCCCUGAACUGUGAGAAUCAGAACUAUUCUUGGCUUCUGUUUCCUGAGUGUACAGCUGUGUUUUAAAGGAGUCCCUGAGCCCCUUCUGCUUUGUUAAAAUAAACUCUUUUUGCUUUUGUUCCUGCUUUAUACUCUUGCAUCCACAUAGACUUCUAGGGCAAUUGGUCUAGACUAAGUUCAGCCAAGCAGCUGUCCUUCAGGGUUAGCCUCUGCUGGAUUGGGCAUCUCCAUUUGGGUCAGAUUCACAUUUGUCCCAGGUGGUUCCUUCUGAGUCACAUGCUGAACUAGCUGCCCGGGACAUGUUAUCCAUGGUGAACUGCAGAAGCACAGAGGCCAGAUGAAGUCACACAGGUAUGUGCCACCUUGUUGGCCUCAAGUCGUCAAGCCCAUCAUCAGUGAGACAAGGACAUACAUACACCUCAUGUUGAGAGAACUGUAGGAAGUAAUAUGGCAAAUGAUAUGAUACAUAGUCUUAUAAGAUAGUGGAAGAACUGAGACUACUAAUGCAAUCAAUCAUGCUAUCUCAGCAGAAACUGAAGCUGUCUAACCGCUGAUGACUCAGGAAUGAGCAUUGUGGGUAAUUUUAAUCAUUUGAAGUCAUACAUAAGUUCUAUCUAUAGUCAUCCUUUUGUAUUCAUGAAGUACUGGUUCUAGAAGCAAAGCCCCCCCCCAGCCCCCCACCCCGUAUCUGACUAACCUUGAGUUCCUUCUGUAAAAUGGCCUUGUUAAUGUCAUACAUUUCCCACACACUUGUAAGCCACCUCUGUAUAGUAUCUAAAUACAAUGUAAUGCUAUGUGGAUGGUUCCUGUAAGGGGAAAAUGACAAGUUGUCCUUGUUCAAUCCGGAACUAAUCAUUUUCUUUUAGGGGAUUUUCAGUUCUCAUUUGAGUGGGUAUAGAACUCAUACUUACAGAGGACUAUUAUAUAUGUAUUUAUCAGAAAUCCUUGUACUUUUUGUUUGUUUAAAAAAAAAGGUUUGUUCUUAAUUAUGUGUAUGGAUAUGUGCUUAUGAAUGUGGAUGCUUACAGAGGCAUUGUGUCCUCUUGAGCUGGCGCUGCAGGGGGUUGUGAGCCACCCAACAUGGGUACUAGAAAUUGAACUCAGGUCCUCUAGAAGAGCAGUAUGAGAGCUCUUUGACUAUUGAACCAUCUCCAGCCUUUUGUUUGUGUGUUUGUUUCUUGACAGGGUUUUAGCCCUUGCAGCAAUCCUGCAUCAGCCUCCUGAGUGCAAGGAUUACAAGUGUGAGCCUCCACACCUGACAUAAUUCUUGUUUUCCAACAAUUGAAAUCAGUUCCAAGUUUGAGGCUUCCUGGCCAGAACAACAUGAAGUCUUGCUACACAGAGAGCUUCUGCAGUCUAGGAGUAUUAUGUUUUGGGGGACGCGGUUACAUGUGCUUUCACUUGGUAAUUAUUAGUUAAACAGUACAAUAUGAUUGGCAAAAUUGUAAGGGUUCAGAUGUUAAAAGGUUUUAAAAGUAAAAUGGGAAAAGCAAAAUAAAUUCAAAAUUGAACCAACGCUAGGAGCAUGGGGGACGUUAACAUAAAUCCAUCAUCCGGUUAGCUGUGAGGAGAACUUGCAGCCGUCAUGACUUGUCUGACCAAAAUUAGAAUGUCACACUAAAGAAUUAGUGUGGGAAGUGUGGGUGUGGUAGCGUCCAUAACAGGAUGAACAGUUUAGAAGCACUCAACACUUUAUGAGAAGUUAUGGCUAAAAUUGAAAAAUCAACAAUUAGUUCUUUAUGCAUGUUGUUUUGAUAUUUUUAUUGUUAACAUAGUAGAACUAUGUACUUGUAACACUGUAUUGCUCUGGUUAAGACAUAACCAAAUUUUAAUAAAUGGAUAUUUAUUUUGAAUACAUUCUUUUCCACCAUUCCAACUGCCAAAUUUCUUUGCAGGCCACCAUCCUGGUGCCUCAGUUAUCACAACUAGCACUUUUUUAUGCCAUCCUGUUUCCAGAUUUGUCCUAAACUUUCCAGUCAGAGAACUCAUUCAGAAACAGGUCUUUUGAUUCUUGCUUCAAAGCUUCUCAAUUGUUUCCCAAUUGCACACAGUUUCUGCUGUCUCCCAAAAUACUCUUCCUUAUAGACAGUGCCCCACUUGAAGGGUGGGAGGGAUGACCAACUUUCUUUUCUGGGACUUGGGUAACUGUGACUGAGAGAUAGGCACAGGGGAAGUCUUAUGGAGAGCAGAGGUCAAAGGUAAAUAGAGACAAGCAUGAUGUAGAAGCAGAGAUAGCUGUUGGUUGACAGCUAAUGUGAAUACAGGUGAAAGAUGGGCCCUGGACCUGUUAAUGUUUUCACUACAACCACACAAAAACUAGAAUGUGUCUUUAAAAAUCUGUUAGAGGGGAUCUGUGAGAGAGGCAGUCACUGUCCUUUGUCCCCUACCACACAAAAGGCCAAAAUAGAAAGGUAAGAUACCAAGUACUCAACUGGAAGAAAACAAAACCACCCUUCAUAGGGACAGAAAUAUGUACUGGGUCUACAGCCCCAGCUACAGAAGGGCAGGAGCUCUAAGGAAGCCACACCGCAAGUCCCAGGAGCACAGUGCGUGAAGAAGACUGAGUGGGCCUCAGGACAGUGCUCUAGACCCUCUCAGUGCUGAGCAAAUGAACAUUGAAUGAUAUAUACUAAUAGCAAUACCGAGAAGGACAAGGAUACAAAGCCUUCAAGGAAGAUGCCAGUAUAAGACAGAAGCACAGUAGGAGAAAAAUCACUGCACUCCAAGUCAGCAAUGUCAGAUUGUGAAGCCUGUGCAUGGGAUUUCACCUCAGCAGCAAUUAACUGAACCAACCCAACUCAACUCCUGCACGAAAGGCCUAGCAGAAGGAAAGGCAUGCCUAACUCCAUACCUGAAAGACCUUUUAUUUGAAUUUCUACUGUUCCAAACAAGAUAACAACUGCACUAACUUUGUAGACAGUAGACGUGUGGUGCACUUCCAAGAAGUAGUCUUGCACAUUUAGACUCUGAUGUUAGUGCUGAAGCUAGUAAAUAUCGAAUUAAUUUGAUAGAGGACUUAUCAAAAUCAGCACGCAAGAUCAAAGGUGUAGAGACAAGGUGGAGGUGUAAUUAAGUGGUUGUAAUCCCCUCUCCUCCAUUCAUAACUUCCAGGACACUUGGAGACAGGUAAGAUGACUCAGCAGGUAAAGGCACACCUGUUGCCAAAAUUGAGUCCCAUCCCCAGGGCUCAAGGUGGAAAGAGAACCAGCUCCACUGUCUGAUAUACCUACACUCAAAUAGAAUCAGAUUCUGAGUUUUAAAAAGAAAAUAGGGGUGUUGUAAAGUGCUUGUUGUAAAAACUAAUCGUCAGUUUGCUCCCCUGGAUCCGCAUGAAGGGAGGAGGAACCAGCUUUACAAAUUAUCAUCUGACCUCCAUAUGCAUGUACCCACACACUUUAUACUUAGUAACAGGCCAGAUGUGGUGGUGACCCCUUUAAUUCCAGAACUUGGAAGGCAGAGGCAGGAGAUAGAGGGAUACAGAAUGAGACCCUGUCUCAUUAAAUACAUGCUAGGGGCUGAAAAUAUGGCUCAGUGCUUAUGAGCCCUUGCUGCUCCUGCAGAGGACCAGGUUGGUUCCCAGCACCAGUGUGGCACCUCACAACCUCCAGUUCCAUGGCGUCACAGACCCUCUUUCUGGGCUGUGAGGGCUUCUGUACACAUGUGGUGCACAAAAGCAUGCAGACAAAUACACAUAGUGUAAAAAACACUUAAAAGAAUUAGAAAACAUCAAAGAAAAUAAGUUUAGGGCUGGAGAGAUGGCUCAGAGGUUAAGAGCAUUGCCUGCUCUUCCAAAGGUCCUGAGUUCAAUUCCCGACAACCACAAGGUAGCUCACAACCAUCUGUAAUGAUGUCUGGUGCCCUCUUCUGGCCUGCAGAUAUACACGCAGACAGAAUAUUGUAUACAUAAUAAUUUUUUUUUAAAAUAAGUUUAUACAUAGAUACCACUAGCAUAUCACAUUUAAAUUGCUGGGAUACAUUUCCUGGUUUAGUACAUGAUGGCAAGUGCUUUUGCCUACUGAACUGCUCUCCUUCCUGAAUCUUAAGAAUCCUCAGCAAGACGGUGGUGGUGCAGACCUUUAAUCCCAGCACCCAGGAGGCAGAGGCAGAUGGAUCUCUGAGUUCGAGGCCAGCCUGGUCUACAAGAGCUAGUUCCAAAGCCACAGAGAACCUUGUCUCGAAAAAUGGAAAAAAAAAAAAAAAAAAGACUCCUCUCCAGGAGUACCACUUUAAAGGAAAUAGCUAUGUAUCAGUCAGUCACUGUGAGCAGCUACUCCUUUCUUUGCACUUAACUGUCUUUCCAGAACUUUGUCAUGAGAGCCAGGCAUGUCCUUGUUUUACAAUGGUGGGGAGAUCACUUUAACCUCAGAACAAAGUUUGGCCCUGCAGUUAUGGUGUUGGUGGGGAGGAAUCACUGACAGAUUACCACUGAAGGGAGGAAUCCAGAACCAGCUGGCUCACUGACCAGCACAGUCAUAAAUACUAUGACCCAAAUUGCUUGAGCAGGUUAUUCCCCCGUGGGAUGACCUCAUUCUCCGAAUUUCCAAGUGGGAUGACUUAAUUCUCUAUAAGCACAAAGCAUCUUUUAUCCUCAGUGAUGACUUAGAGGAGUUGGACUGAACUUUCAGUGUUAGUAUUUAUUUGCAGUAGGAAGAAUCAAAUCUAGGGCCAUGGUCUGCUUUAGCACUGAGCUACAUCUCCAGCCCUUGGGUAGUAAUAUCUUUGCAUUAUGGAACCUACAUAGGUGUAAUACUUUAGAUUCUUAGAAGUUUUGUAUGAUUUUAGGGCUGGAGAUGUAGCUCAGUGCAGUGUUUGCCUGACAUGCAUGAAGUCCUGAGUUUUAAAAGUCUUGGCAUCCCUUAAUUAGGCAUGGUAGCCCAGUUAACAAGCAUUGUAAUUUCAGCACUCAGGAGGAUCAGAAGUUCAAAGUUAUCUUCAGUUAGCAGCUAGUUCAAAGCCAGCAUGGCUCCAAAUAUAAGAAAAGCAGGUGGAGGAAUGGCUCAGUGGGCAAAAGUGCUUACCAGCAAGUCUAAUAGCCUGAGUUGUAUUUGAUUCCCAGAGCUCAUGCGAUGGAAGGAGCAAACCCACUCCCAAAAGUUAUCCUCUGGCCUCCAAACACUAUUGGCAAUCCCGUGCUCACACACAUACACACUAAAUAAAUACAUGUUAAAAAACAUUUUGAGUAUGAAUAUUUUGCUUUCAUGUAUACCUGCAUACCACAUGCAUACCUGGAGCCCAGAAGAGAGCAUCAGAUCCUCUGGAACUGGAGUUAGACGGUAUGAGCCACAUGUAGAUUCUGGGAAUUUAAUCCUCUGCAAAAGCAACAAGUAAGUACUCUAAAACUGCUGAGAUACUUCUCCCUCUCCCAAAACAUUAUUUAUUUGAGAGACCUUUUGGCCCUAGUUGACCUAGAACUCUCUUUUUAAGUAUCCUGAUUUUCUAACAAAGCCUUUCAAACCUUUUUUGUUGUUGUUGCUUGUUUUUUUUUGUAGUUUGUCAGAACACUAUAUUCAACUCAGUAUGGACCAGGUGAUGGUGGCGCACGCCUUUAAUCCAGAGGAAGAGGCAAGCAGAUCUCUGAGUUCGAGGCCAGCCUGGUCUACAGAGAGAGUUCCAGGACAGGCUCCAAA